ACCUCCCCCCAAUAUCUCCUUCCCCCAACCUCUGCGGAAACCCCCCCCCCCGCGACCCCCCCAAACUCCGGCACGGAGACAUGGCUCCCAUCGGACUCAAGGCCGUGGUGGGAGAAAAGAUUAUGCACGAUGUGAUCCGGAAGGUGAAGAAGAAGGGCGAAUGGAAGGUGCUGGUGGUGGACCAGCUCAGCAUGCGCAUGCUCUCCUCCUGCUGCAAGAUGACCGACAUCAUGACGGAGGGCAUCACAAUUGUGGAAGACAUCAACAAGCGCCGGGAGCCGCUGCCCAGCCUGGAGGCCGUUUAUCUCAUCACCCCCUCCGAGAAGUCCAUCCACUCCCUCAUCAAUGACUUCAAGGAUCCCCCCACCUCCAAGUACCGAGCUGCCCACGUCUUCUUCACUGACUCCUGCCCCGACGCCCUCUUCAACGAGCUGGUGAAAUCCCGUGCUGCCAAGGUCAUCAAAACCCUGACAGAGAUCAACAUUGCCUUCCUCCCCUCCGAGUCCCAGGUUUACUCCCUGGAUUCAGCUGACUCCUUCCAAAGCUUUUACAGCCCCCACAAGGCCCAGAUGAAGAACCCGAUCCUGGAGCGCCUGGCGGAGCAGAUCGCCACGCUGUGUGCCACGCUGAAGGAGUACCCAGCCGUGCGGUACCGGGGGGAUUACAAGGACAAUGCCAUGCUGGCACAGCUCAUCCAGGACAAGCUGGAUGCCUACAAGGCUGAUGACCCCACCAUGGGUGAGGGUCCGGACAAGGCUCGUUCCCAGCUCCUCAUCCUGGACCGGGGCUUCGACCCUGCUUCCCCAGUGCUGCACGAGCUGACCUUCCAGGCAAUGAGCUACGACCUGCUGCCCAUCGAGAAUGAUGUCUACAAGUACGAGACGAGCGGCAUCGGGGAAGCCCGGAUUAAGGAGGUUCUCCUGGAUGAGGACGAUGACCUGUGGGUCACCUUGCGCCACAAACACAUCGCCGAGGUGUCCCAGGAGGUGACCCGGUCCCUGAAGGAGUUUUCUUCAAGCAAGAGGAUGAACACGGGUGAUAAGACCACCAUGAGAGACCUGUCCCAGAUGCUGAAGAAGAUGCCACAGUACCAGAAGGAGCUCAGCAAGUACUCGACCCACCUGCACCUGGCUGAGGACUGCAUGAAGCACUACCAGGGCACGGUGGACAAGCUCUGCAGAGUGGAACAGGACUUGGCCAUGGGUACUGAUGCUGAAGGUGAGAAGAUCAAGGACCCCAUGAGGGCUAUUGUCCCCAUCCUGCUGGAUGGGAACGUCAGCACCUAUGACAAGAUCCGCAUCAUCUUGCUCUACAUCUUCCUGAAGAACGGUAUCACCGAGGAGAACCUGAACAAGCUGAUCCAGCACGCUCAGAUCCCAGCCGAGGACAGCGAGAUCAUCACCAACAUGGCCCACCUCGGGGUGCCCAUCAUCACAGACUCCACCCUGCGCCGCCGGAGCAAGCCGGAGCGGAAGGAGCGGAUCAGUGAGCAGACCUACCAGCUCUCCCGAUGGACACCCGUCAUUAAGGACAUCAUGGAGGAUGCCAUCGAUGACAAGCUGGACACCAAGCACUACCCGUACAUCUCCACCCGCUCCUCCGCCUCCUUCAGCACCACUGCCGUCAGUGCCCGCUACGGCCACUGGCACAAGAACAAGGCCCCCGGGGAGUACCGAAGCGGCCCCCGCCUCAUCAUCUUCAUCCUGGGAGGGGUCAGCAUGAACGAGAUGCGCUGCGCCUACGAGGUGACACAAGCCAGUGGCAAGUGGGAAGUGCUAAUAGGGUCCACACACAUCCUCACCCCACAGAAACUGCUGGACACGCUGAAGAAGCUCAACAAGACAGAGGAGGAGACCAGCAGUUAAGAGGAAACGUCGCCCCCCCCCCGACUCGAUGCCGAAUCCCCCCCUUUCCCAGCACGGUGCCAUCCUGCACCCAGCCCUGGCCCAGCUUUCUUGUGUUGAACCCCCUCCUGCCACCUUCCCCCCCCCCUCCCCUUAUCUCAUUUUAUCCACAGGGAGGGGACAACAGCCAAAAAAAAAGGGAAAAAAAUAAUUAUAUAUAUAUAUAUAUAUUCAGAAACCUGAUGCAUUGUGUUUAAGAGAGGGAAAGAAAAUAAGUCAUUAUAUAUUUGUGGCUGCAGCUAUCGAAGCACCCAGGAGCUCAUGGCUGAGUGACCCAUCUGCCCAUUGCUAGUGAGUGAUGAUGAUGAUGGUGAUGACAAAUACCAACACGAUCACCAAAAAAACCAAACAAACCCUUUUUUCCCAAGUUUUGCUCCUCCCUGGGGUCCCGUGUGGAUGGACGGAUGGACACGCCGCCCUGGCUCAAGUCCCUGCUCAGCCUGGGCUCAGCUCCUGGCCAGGAGGGGGUCCUUCCUGCCCUCUCCUGUCCCUUGUGUUUUCGGGGUGGUGGGCGCUCCUGCCAGAUGUGCAUGCCAACAUCUGGCACAGGGGUUGGGGAGGGGGGGGGUGAACCCGGGAUGCUUCACGCUGCGGCGAUUCCCACGUGAAAAGGGACCAAAAUGGUCACGACCUGGAGCUGGGGCCCUGCUGGCUGGCGUGGCUGCUCCCCUGCCCUGCUGCAGCCAGGCCUCCCCCUUCUCCAGGUGUUCCUUAAAACGCAUAUAUAUAUAAUAAAAGGUUAAUUUAUAUAUAUAUAUAUGUAUGUAUCUCUCCCUCUGUCCCGGGGCAGCUCGUAGCUCCGCUCGUGUCGUCCCGUGGUGAAGCGUUUCUGAACGUGCUGUCUCCCCAAGACCCCCACCCCCCCCAAAAAAAAAGAAAAACACCACACCCCUCUGGGACCCUCCCCUUGGACUCUGUGUAUAUUAAUGACUGUGUCUCGUGACGUUCUUACAAGCUUGGUGUAUAGUGAUUUAACCAAACCUCUGAAUUUUUUUUUUGUUGGGUUGGUCGUUUUGUUGGGUUUUUCAUUUUUACACCCCCCCCCCCCCCCCACCCCACCCCAGAUUGCCCCCCCUGCCCUUAGAUGCACUGCAAUAUUUUUGGGGUCCAUCGUUUUUGUUCUGUCCCCCUUGAAGGCUGUGACCCCCAUUUUCCUUCCCCAAAAUCUCUCUUUCUUGCCUCGUUGGUGGUUUGCUCUCCCCCCUCCCCCCUCCCCGUCUGUUCCUUGCCCAUAAAGUUAAAUAUAUAUUUUUAGGGCAAAGGCUGCAUCAUUGCACUGAUAUUUGUUGGUUCCUCCUUGGUCCUUCCACCCUGUUCGAGUCCCCUCUUGGUUUAGCAAUGCAAAUGCUUCAGGAUCUUGUAUGUUGGACAUUAUUAUUAUUAUUUUCUGUUACAGUUAUUUAUAUAAAAAAAAUAAUUUAUCAAAAAGGAAAACUUAAAAAAAAAAAAAAGUAAUAAUAAUCUAGUCUGUCUUGGAACUUGUUUACCUUGAAAUUACUGGAAUCUAAAUGUUUGAAAGUGUUGAAGCACAAACAUGUAUCAUCUCUGUAUAUCUGUUCUUCUGUACUAAAGCACUCGAGUGACUCAAUAAAAGCAAUCUCCAUCCCUAGUGCAA